UCUUGUCCAACCAAAAAGCCGGGGAUCGCCAGCUCCAAAUUUUCCAGCUCUUCAAUAAAAUUCUAACACAAAAUUGAUUCUUUUAGUGGAGUUUUCUUCCAUAUACAAGAUUUAAUUAAGCUGGUUAAUGGGAACUACUACUACCACGCCAGAUGAGUGGCCGCCGAAUGCGGAAUUCCCAUUUGAUCUUUUUGUAUGGAAGAAACACAGGGCUUUUUGGGAUGCUGGAAAUAUCCAAUUCACCGAUUCUUCUGGCAAUUUGUUCUUCAGAGUUGACCGUGGUCAAUCGUCUGAUUCAUCAGCUCAUAGUCUGAAACUAAUUCUUGAUGCAUCUGAUAAUACCCUAAUUCGCUUAGUUCCAUUAGUUAAAGGAUCAUGGCAAGGCUUUAUGGUAAAUGAUACUGAAGAGAAGGAGUUAAUGUUCAGUGUGAAUAGGACUCUAAAUACAUUUACUACACUAGAGUUUGAUAUAUUCCUUGGUGAUGGACUUGAUGAAGGCAAAGAGGCUGAUCUCAAGAUGAAAGGUUCUGCCUUUAAGAGAUCCUGUACCAUCUACAAAGGCAAUUCCAUAGUAGCUGAGGUAUAUUACGACCAGCCUUAUGUACACACUUGGAUUCCGGAAGCAUUUCAUUCCAAGGAACAGAUUUCGAGUAACCAUAUUUCCCGGUUUCGCUGAGCUUAGUCUGGUUGUGGCUUUGGUUGUAAUAUUCUUUGAUAAACGGAAGUUUUGGAUAUAAAAAAGGAUCAAUCUCUCAGCUUUUAUCUCUUUAUGGAGAACGACUUCCAUGAUAGAACUUAAUUAUGGGCCUUAAAAAAGAAAAUUCCUUCUUAUCUUCCUCUUGUUGAGGAAGGAUUGAUGUAAUGGUUAACAUAUCAGGGGUUACCAGAGUCAAAAUUUGAUUUAACAGUAGGAGAAAAAGAAAAAGAAAUGAGCCUUCUUCGAUGAAUUAAAACUUCUUUAUUGGUAUUUUCGAGUUACAUGUAUACUGUAACCCUUUUGCUAAUAAUCCAAGACCAGGAGGAGCACUACU